AUGCUGCGAGUCGGCGUGGGGCGGAGGCUCGUCCAGGCAGCACGCGGCGUGAAGUGGUCGGCGAUGCGGGCGGUGUCGGGGAGCGGCGUUGCCGGCGGUGGCGACGGUGGUGACGGCGGCGACGGCGGGCAUGAUGUCGAUGUCCUCCUCCCGCCGAGCGAGCCGCUCAACUGCUGCGGCUCGGGAUGCGUCGACUGUGUGUGGAUCGAGUACUUUAAGGAGCUCAACGAGUACCAGGUGGAGAUGGCGGCGCGGGCCGAGAGCGCGGCGGCGGCCAAGGCGAGUGACGCGCUCGACGGCAGCGACCGUUCCACAGGUGCCGAGGCAGACGCAGUGGAUGCGCAGCAAGUGGCGUCCAUGAGCGCGUUUGCGCAGUUAGAGGCCCAGCUGGCGGCCAAGCGCGGAGCCGGCGGCGGGUGAGGACGGCGUCGAAGCCUCUGGUAUGUUCAUUGCGCAGAGGACCGGGCUAUCUCGACGGUGGCUGUGUGUUGGAAGCUCUGCGCGACCGCUCAGGCAGGCAUGCAAGGAAUGCCUGGCGGUGUCAGCAGCAGAGAGGGGCUCGGCGGAGCACGCGUCCCACCCUUGGAUCAGAGGGGCAGACUUGAGCGCGGACCGCGUCAUGGAUAACACACUUGGGGUUUGAGCGAGAGCCAGUUGAUAAGGAGCGCGACGAGGCGUGGCCCGAUGCUAUGACGGGGCAACCGGAGCAACGGUGGCUGGGACAGUAGCGCCUG